GGGAAGUUGACCUCUUGGGCGUGAUCUGUAUGUAACAGCAGACUAACUUUGUUGCUGUCAGCUGACUUGCCACUGUUAAGACUGGCUGAGACUAUUCAAUGGGAGUCAGUCUUGAACGAAGUGGGUAUAGUAAACGAUGGGGAACAAAACACUGUACCUUCUGCUUGCUUCUGUUUUGGUUGCAUAUUACAUUUACAUCCCCAUUCCAGAGAAUGUGGAGGGACGCUGGAAACUGAUGUUUAUCAGUGCAGUCUUUAGAACUGUAGGACAUCUGGGUGCAAUUGCUGAUAAGCUGGGUCUUGCACACUACAUGGACAUUCUGAUGAUGAUCACACGCAUUGAAAUUAUACCACCCGUAUCAGAUGAAAAGGUCACUGUGACAGACACAAAAUUUGAUGGCAUUCCAGUGCGUUUGUACCUCCCUAAAGGGCAACCCGAUUCCUUGAAAAGGGCAGUAAUUUACAUUCACGGGGGUGGAUGGUGUGUUGGUGCAUCAGCCAUGGAACCCUAUGACCGCCUGUCGAGAUGGACUUCAGAAAGAUUAGAUGCUGUCAUCAUGUCAGUCGACUACAGACUGGCACCAAAAUAUCUUUUCCCAGUUCAGUUUGAAGAUGUGUACAAAGUGGCAAAGUACAUCUUGCAAAACACUGUUCUUGAGCAAUACAACGUGGACCCAAGCAGGGUGUGCAUUUCAGGAGACAGUGCAGGAGGGAACUUAGCUGCAGCAGUAGCACAACAGCUUCUAGAUGACCCUGAUGUCAAAGUUAAACUCAAGAUCCAGGUUUUAAUUUACCCAGCUCUUCAGACCAUUGAUUGGAAUUUGCCAUCCUAUCAAGACAAUGAAAACAUGCCAGUUCUUCCUAAAUCAUUAAUGGUCAAAUUCUUCAGUGAAUACAUUACUCCUGACAUCUCUCUAAAGAAAGCUAUGGAAACCAACCAACUUGUUCCUCCAGAACUAAGCCAUUUGUUUAAGUUUGUAAACUGGAGUAUCUUGCUACCUGAAAGGUUUCAGAAGGGCCAUGUUUAUACCAGACCGAAACAUGGAAGUUCUGAGCUUGGACAGAAAUACCCAGGGUUCCUGGAUCCAAGAGCAGCACCACUAUUGGCUGAUGACAUCAAGUUGCGUGGCUUGCCCCUCACAUAUAUGAUCACCUGUCAAUAUGAUGUCUUGAGGGAUGAUGGAAUCAUGUAUGUCUCACGGCUUCGUGAGGCAGGAGUUCCAGUAACACAUUACCAUGUUGAGGAUGCUGUUCAUGGGGCUAUAAUGUUUAUUACGAGCCCACUAAUCCUACCCAUGGGACAGAAAGUGGCAAAUAACUACAUUGAGUGGCUGAAUAAGAACUUAUAAAGAAAACAAAGUGAAUGGAGUGGGAUUGGCCGUGAUUCAUUUGAUCUGGGUUUUAUACUGUUUUUCAAGGAAGAAAUUAUCUUUUUGGUGAAUAAUUUUGAUAUUGUAAUUCUAUGGAUAUUGCAAUUGGUAUAAAAUCCUUUCUUUCCUCUGUUUGGACCAGACUGAACAUGUUGUGUUUUUUUUUUAUCUCCACCA